UCACAAUUGCAGCCAUGACUAGGAAGAAAGUGAAACUUGCCUAUAUCACCGAUGUCACGGCAAGAAAAUCCACUUACAAGAAAAGGAAGAAGGGUAUCAUUAAGAAGGUGAGUGAACUCACCAUUCUUUGCGGUAUCCCAGCGUGCGCUAUAAUUUCCAGUCCUUUUGAUUCUAAGCCAGAGGUUUGGCCAGAUCCAGAGAGAGCCAAACAGGUGAUUCAGAAGUAUCUGGAUGCAUCUGUACUAGAUGAAAGCAAGAAUGUCAACCAAGAGAGCUUCAUCAUGCAAAGGAUUGCCAAAGCCCAGGAACAAUUGAAGAAACAUCGUCAGGAGAACCAUGAGAAGGAGAUGGCCUUGUCCAUGUUCCAGUACAUGCAAGGUGAAGACCUGCCAAAUAAUGUUGAAGAACUGAAAGAACUCAACAAGCUGAUUGAGAAGAAUUUGAAGGAAAUUGAAAAUAAGUUGGCUGUCAAUGGUGAGUCUAUUAGUGUUUAGAGGUCAUGCCUUUGUCUUUACUUUGUGAGUCUGUUCAAUAUUUAGAGGCUUGACCUCUAAUGUGAGUCUGUUAUGUAUGUAGAAGC